AUGCUCUCGGGAGGCUUCUCCCCAAUCUCGGCGGUCCGAGUGUGGCAUGCCGGCGUUUAUACACCGGUGUGUUUACGCUCAAUGGCGCUGUACGGAGCUCCAGUGUGGGUCGGUGCCCUCACAAGGCCGAACGUGGCUGCGCUGCACAGAGUGCAGCGCGUCAUGGCGGUGAGGGUGGUACGAGCAUACCGCACUGUCUCUCAUGAGGCGGCUUGCGUGCUGGCUGGGACGCCUCCCUGGGAACUGGAUGCCCAGGUUCUGGCGGAGGCUUACCACCAGCGCGCGCGAGAUCGAUCCCGGGGAACGAGUCCGGACCGGGAUCGGGUGGAUAGUUGGCGACGAUCUGCGCGGUCGUCCUUGUUCCAUCGGUGGAGGCAAAGGCUCUCUGAGCCAGUGGCCGGGUUGCGAACCGUGGAGGCUAUUCGCCCGCUCCUCAUGGAGUGGGUGGACCGCCGACACGGAUCCUUGACCUUCCGGCUGGUGCAGAUCCUCUCGGGGCACGGUUGCUUCGGGAGGUAUUUGUGCCACAUAGUCGGGAGAGAGCCGACAGCGACGUGUCACCACUGCAGUCGCGUGGAAGACACCGCUGACCACACCUUGAUGGAAUGUCCAGCGUGGAUAUCCGAGCGUAGCCAACUCAUCCGCGUGGUUGGCGCAGACCUUUCGUUGCCGGCAGUGGUCCAGGCCAUGGUCGGCAGCGAGAGGGCAUGGCAGGCGGUGGCCGACUUCAGCGAGAGAGUCAUCUUGCAGAAGGAGGCUGCUGAACGAGUGAGGGAAGACGACCCCUCCUCGGCGCCGCUGCGCCGACGAAGGCUGGGUCGAAGGCAGCGGGCUUAUGCUCGCGACCUGCCUCCCCAGUGA